CUGAAAAUGCCGUCGGUUUCGAAAACGGCGGCGAACGCUUCUCCUCAAACGGAGAAACCAACCCACUAUACAUAUUUGAAGGAGUUCAGGACCGAACAGUGCCCUCUAUUCUUGCAACACAAGUGCACACAACAUAGACCCUUUACAUGUUUUCAUUGGCAUUUCCUCAACCAGAGGCGAAGACGACCGAUUAGAAGAAGAGAUGGAACUUUUAACUACAGCCCUGAUGUUUAUUGCACAAAAUAUGACGAGACUACAGGCAUUUGCCCAGAUGGAGAGGACUGUCCUUACUUGCACCGGACCACUGGUGACACAGAGCGCAAGUACCAUCUUCGCUAUUACAAGACUGGUACCUGUAUCCAUGAAACCGAUGCCCGCGGGCACUGUGUGAAGAACGGCCUACACUGCGCCUUUGCCCAUGGCCCACAUGAUCUCCGCCCCCCUGUCUACGAUAUCAGUAGCUCUCUGACUGAUCUUCUUCAUGUGCACAGAGAGAUCCAGGCACAGGAAGCCCUCCAGAAUGGCCAUUUGGGAUCUGGAGAGGGUAUCCCUGAUCUACAGCCUGGGGUACUGGCCAGCCAAGCCAUGAUAGAGAAGACUCUUACAGAGGACCCCCGGUGGCAGGACACCAAUUUUGUUUUAGCGAACUACAAAACAGAGCAGUGCACCAAGCCUCCACGACUAUGCAGACAGGGCUAUGCCUGCCCCCACUACCACAAUAGUAGAGACAGAAGACGAAAUCCACGCAAGUUCAAAUACAGGUCAACUCCGUGUCCCAAUGUGAAACAUGGGGAUGAGUGGGGAGAGCCAUCAAAGUGUGACAGUGGAGACAGCUGUCAAUACUGUCACUCACGCACUGAACAGCAGUUCCACCCAGAGAUCUACAAAUCCACCAAAUGCAAUGAUAUGAGGCAAACUGGUUAUUGUCCUAGGGGGCCGUUCUGUGCGUUUGCGCAUGUAGAAAGAAUUCCCUCCACAGAAGAGACCAUGAACUCGUUGCUAACAGCGAUGCAGUCAGGCUCCCAGGCCAAGCUGGGCUCUCAGCAGUAUUCAGAGUGUCCAGUCAGCGAGUGGGGCAGCAGUGCCAACUCCAUCAGCAGCAGCAACAACGGCCAAGUGGGGAAUGUUUCAUAUUCUAAUAGUCCGACUGUAACGCCAAGCUCAGGAAGCAACAGUUCAUUGUCCCCAAUCGGACCCAUCGGCAGGUCCAAAUGCUUAACUAAUGGUAGCUUAUGUUCAGAGUCCACCACGUCAAGUGUGUCAUCUCUGACGUCUAACUAUCCCAAAGCUCCGGGCUUUGAACGCGAGGAUCAGAUAAAGAACCAUAAGGGACAUAGCGAUCAAAAGAUGAUGGACCAAGACAAGCAGACACACACUAGUGUAUUCUCUGGGAUGAACCCUCUGGCAUCCAGCAUAACCUCCAGUAUAACAUCUAGCCUGGCCUCCAGUAUUGGCUCGGAUAGUUCCUCACCCACCACCUUAUCAACAAUGAAUGCAAAAGCAACCCCAUUCUAUCCUGGGAGCAAUACUGUGGAGUCAGUUAUAGGUUCUGCUCUUGACCUGAAUUUUUGUGACAUCAAUGUUGCCUCUCUUGAUAAAGAGUUUGAGGAGCAAGAAAACAAAAGUAUUGGUUUAAGUCAAAGGAUGUUGGGAGGAUCCGCUCCGGUCAACAUUCCUGGCUCCCUUGCACGGUCCUCUUCAUUGAAUUCCAACUCAUCACUCUCUGCCUCCCCUCUGAGCUCCCUCUCCCAGUCCCUCUCCCAGUGCCUGCUGUCAGGAAUGGCUCCCCAGCAGAGUCAGCCUCAGGGCCUGCUAACCAAACCUGAGCAUGGCCUUCUAGGAACACCUACCUCCUCUCAGAACACUCUGGGUUUGAAUGGGGGAGCUAGCAGCAUAUGGGACUUUGUGAGUGGCAACUUCUCUCCCAGCCCAUCACCAGUGUUCAGCAGCCUGGGCUCCACCACUGUGAGCAGCAGCGCUGACCUGAACCGGCUCUUCAGGGAGCUGGACGAGGCCAAGAGGAAGAUCAAGCAAUGGGAAGACGCCUGGCCCCAGGUCAAGCAGGCAUGUGAAGCCUGGCAGAAAGACUCCCAUGAUGCAAAAGAACAAGCAAAGUCGGCCGAGGCGGAGCGGCAGCUGGCGGAGCAGAAGCGAGAGGACACGGAGCGCAAGCUGAAGGAGCUCCAGGGGGACUUUGACGUGCUGUGUCGCUCCCCUGGCACGCCCCUGCUUAGAAGCUAUGGAGACCUGGACCAGCUCCCUCUACCAAAGCUCCACUCCAUCCAGAGCCAGCUGCGCACUGACCUAGACCUUAUAGACGGGGUAAUAUAUCAGCUUCAGUCAAAGAAAUGUAUAGUUUGCCAAACGCAUGAUCGUUGCAUAGUCCUGCAGCCUUGCCAACAUUAUGUACUUUGUAAGAACUGUGCACCUAGUAAAUCAGAAUGUCCAUACUGUAAGACAAAAAUAUUGAAGUGGUGAUGUACUAUUAUUCAAGGUACUACUUAAGGAAUUUGCCCUUUGAAGAACUACUAAUACAUAUAGUAUGCUUACAUUUUCUAAAUAGCAUUGUGUUUCAGUAUGUCAUAUAGUAAUUGAAUUAAUAGUUUAAUUUGAACUACAUCAAUGGUGUUUGAUAAAUCAAGUACUUAAAUGUAAUAUGUCAUUUUGUAUUGUAAUGGAUCACUUACAUUUUCAAAAAAGUUUGGGUAUCCAUCGGUCAAGUGGGCCUAAUUUGACUUUAUCACUAAAACACAUCAGUCAAACAUUAUUAUUAUGACCAUCUUUGUGAAGAAUAUUGAUUUCUUGUAAAGCACUUUGUUGACCUGGGAAUUUGUUAAAGGGUAUUUUAGAAAGUAGCUUUGAGCUGUUUUUGUAGGUUUUUGUUUCUUAGAUUAUAUAUAUAUUUUUUUCUUAAUAUGCUAAUGUUAUGAGCUUUUGUGUGUACUGUGAAACAUACUAGAAUAUUUCAUGUUUCCUGUUUUUAAAUCAUGGUAUAGUUCUAUAUAUCUUGUUAGUUUUCAUAGAAAAGUACUAAACAAUAGUUUCUACUUUUCAUUGUUUAAUUUACAUUUUUCCAUCAGAUAAGUGCACACAUUUGAAUGCAUUUUAGGCAUAACCAGCAGCUGUAAUAUCAGUAAGGCACAUUUAUGCUAAAGUAGUUAGGAAAUCAAUUAGUCUGUCUUUUAGUGAUUACUGAAUUGUUCAUUAUGUAGUUUUAGAGGAGCAUGUCUUGAUGUACAGAAGUCUGACAUGGUGAAUUUUAUAGGAUUCCUACUAGCCUCUCAAACAUGUCUAGAACAUAUCCGAAACUUGGCCUCUAGUCUCAAGUGCCUUGCCUUAGAUGAUAACCAUGAGCAUCGAUAUUUAGAGGAUUGUUGUAAAAGCAGACACAGGUAGACAAAGCUUCUGCACACAUUUCUGCAAAUAUGUCUACUUUAUUUUUUACUUUGCAUUAUAUGUAUAUGCCGUAGUGUACCGCCCCAAUCCUAUGUCAAAGUAUUUCCUCAGAUUAUAGUUGUAUGAAGAUAUAAAUCUUGUCAGUGCCUGUGUCCUGACUUCACGCUUACAACAAAGCUAAAGAAAUAUAUAUUUUCCUUGUCUUAACAGGCAAUGGUGCUUCAGUAUAAUUUCAAAUGACCAUCUUUGAUUUUAAUGUUUGGGAGUAUGCAAGCAAGGAAACAACUCUGGUCUUGUUUGUAAACAAGAUAAAAACAGGCUCUGCUAUACAUUUUAGACUCGUGUUUGUUGUAAGAAAUGCAUAAUUCUGUAGUGUUAACAGAAGACAUCGGUGUUGAACCUGUAAAUUGUGUUUUCAAAUACGACAGUGUAAUGUGCUUAGCUAGGUUAAUCUAAUUGAAAUGACCUUCUACUGUGUUCAAAAUUAGUAUUUUUCCUCGCUCUAUCUUGGUCCUUUAAUAUUUACAGCAAUUAGUAUGUUAAGUAGAAAGAACCCUUAUAUAUUCCCAGGUACACGAUUUGUAACUUAGAAAAUUUUAGAAAUAAAAUGGUUUACAUUUACAUGGAUGGUAAUUCAGAAACUCAGAGAAAAACAAAACUUGUGUUUCUCCUAAAAUACAAAAAGAAGAAAGGUAUUGUGUUCCCUCAUGUUUAUCAAGUUAAAAUGGCAGGCAAAACAAUUUUAUUGCAUGUCUUAUAAGCGUCAUACGUUAACCAGCUACAAAUCUAGAUCACACUGCCAGAUAUAUUUGUAUUGUCAUUCUAGCAUACUGUAGAGUCGAUCACUUUACUUCACUUCUGCAAGUGUAGUUGUAAUGCAUUUAGAUUCUUGAAUGUUGUUGUGCAUACACAGUUCAGAUUUCAGACAUCAGUAGCCUAAAUUCUCACUCACAAGUUAAGCAGUAACACGUUUUACUUAAUAUAUAUAUAUCAAAAUUGCAUAACAAUGACUCUUGUUACCUAACAUUCAGAGACAUGUCAUGGUGUCUAACAUUUGCUAUACCAAGUUUAUAACUUCUAUAAUGUUAUAGUUCAAGUAAAGUACCACUUAAACAAAGACUCAUUGGAUGAAGACUGUUUGAAUAAAUUGUUUUGUUAAUUUUCGUUUUAGUCAGUCACACGUUUGGGUACUUGUGAAUCUUCUAAACAUUGUUACAGGCCAAUCAAUGUACUGCUGUAGAAUGUCUCGAUUCUUAAAUUGGUUGUUGGAGAAUCCUAAUAAAGCUACUGGGCUACAGUAAAUGGUGCAUUCUAAUAAUCCGCUCACCCCAAUUUUUUAUAUCACAGGUUUUUUAUUUUUCCUUUGACGACGACUAAGUUAAUGUGGACUUGACUCAAAUGAACCAAAGUGGUGUUGUAGUUUGUUCUUAUAGUUACUUUUCAAAGUAAUGACAUUUACAAUUUAGUAUAACAUUCUCUUCAAUGGUUCAAUGCCAGAAAGAGAGAACUAUGCCAACUGCUUUUGCUGAUAAUAGUAAUGGACUUAAAGCCCAUUUGUAGUUUUACCAAAGACCUUUACUGCUAUUGUUAUGUUUCCUUUUUUAUUUUUAUAACUAUUUUCAUUUUAGCAAUCUAAGCAAAUCGUUAGAAACCUAAUUUGAAACAAACCAAACCUAGCACCUUAUGUAUAUUGGUGUGUGCAUUUACAGAAACUAAUGGCAUCACUGUACUUUUUUUGUAAAACAAAUGAUUGUGGUUAGUAACAUACACAGAAUUCUGAAACGUGACUAUUUUAAUUGGCAGUUGUCUAGAGUAAAGGAAUUUCAGAAGUGAGUGAAAUGUGUUAAUAUUCUUAAGUGGCCAUAUAGAUGAGUACCAGUGGAGGCUGCUGAGGGGAGGACGGCUCAUAAUAAUGGCUGGAACGGAGCGAAUGGAAUGGUAUGUUACAAUUCCGCUCCAGCCAUUACCACAAGCCCAUCCUCUCCAAUUAAGGUGCCACCAACCUCCUGUGAUGAGUACUAUUUUGAAGUAUGUUUUUCUUUUCACUUACAGCUAAAAUCUCUUAAUCAGUUUUAAAUAUGAAUGGUUGUGCACUACUUGUAUGCUGUCAGGAGUAUAGAGUACACUUUGACUGUAAUGUGCUUUCUUUUGUUUUCAUUUGACUGGUGUUUUCUUAACAUUUUCAUUCACAAUUUACUGCAGUCGUUGGAAAGAGGGCGAUAGUGUAUCAUUUGUUUAUUGGUUAGAUAUUUGAGUGAGUCAUUAUUGAUGGGUGAAAUGACAGGGAAAACAUGAUUUAUUUAAACCAGCAUGUGGCAGAUACAGACGUGAGUAGGUUUAAGGAGCAACUCUUAUCACUCAUACGUUCUUGGUCCUUAAGCCCUCUUCAAUGUGGCAUACUUUAAGUAUAAAUCUCCCUUUUACACUGAAUAAGAAAAACGUAAGCUCAUAUUUUAUAAAUAUGGCUCUAAAUCGUUCAAUGUUAUGGCCAUAUUAAACUAAUGUUCUUUACUAUGGACCAAUUUCAUUUUUGAAUAAAUCUGUGCCUUUGAUGUUAAAAUGUCAUUUUAACUGGCAUUUGAAGAGUAUUGCUCUUAAUUUGAGGGGUGACUUAAUUUGAGGGUACAUUGUUAUAUUACAGGAAAACUGAAACUAUCCAAAUUCUAGUGCCUUUAGAUGAUUGUAUGGACCAUAAUCUCCCCAAUUAAAAUCUGUGGUGGAUACCACUCAUGAUUUGAUUGUUUGAUAUUAUCACUUAAAAUGAUUCUCUUGAGUGGUAAAAUUUGCUUUGUCGCUCGGAAAAGUUAAGAAUGCAGUGUAAAGAGCUAGAAUUCGCAAUUGACAGAGAAGGGCCGUUUUUAAUCAGAUUGCAUGUUUUGUAAGGGAGGCUUAGGGCAACCUUAGAAUGAUUAAUACUGCUUCUUCAUCUCAGUCUGUAUUUGCCAUAGUCUUCAUAACAUGCCACAAUACCUACCACCAAUAAAUAUGAUUCAGUCUGUACUCAACUUUAUUGGCACAAGAAAAAACCGAUAAUUACUGUUAAAGAAAAGCACCAAGUAGAACUCAAUUUGUUUUGUAAAUUAAAUGUAAUUGAGAUGUAACAUAAUGCUCUGCAGUGGAUUAGCAUAAUCUAUUUUGGAUUCUUGUGAAGUGUUUGUUUCUUUGUUUUGUUUAUUAAUAUUGUGAUCAUGGAACCGGAAGAUUUUAUGCAAUCUUGUACAUGCAUAAAUAUAAUGUAUGACACUGUUCAAAUUUAGUAUGGAAAAAUGCCUAUUGCAGCAUAGAACUUUUGUAAAAACAAAUUAAAUUGUUACCACUUGUUCCCAAUAGUUAAUUUCAAUAUGUUAAUUUAAUAUGGAAACCAUGAAAUAUUGAAUGUACCGUUCUAAAUUAUAAAUUUAAUAGGUCACUGGAAUAAUAUGGAGAGCAGUUCAUCCAUUAGCUAUGAUGUAGCAUCUAGUUUUGUGAAUUGCUAUACAAUGAAAUAAAUUUAAGAGACUUAAACACA